AUGGCGGAGAACAAACGCCAGAGCGCGGGAGCGAAAGCAUCACAAUCGGGCAGCGCAACAGGCCCCAAAAUGGCCUCUGGAAUGGUGCCCUUGGAGGCUGCUUUGAGCGGUGCGAUCGGUGCUCGCGUCCGCAUCACGACCGCGGCGCCAGCUACCGCGACUAUCGAGGGCAUGCUCUUCACUGCAUGCCCCAUCACGAACCUCGUAGCUAUCAACACUUCCCCUUCGCCCUUGUCCGGUGACGCCAAACAGGCGCAGAGCGGGGAUUACCAUGUCAUUCCCAUUUCGCGCAUUCAGAACUUCCAGCUCCUCGCCCUGCCAUCCGCCUCCUCCGAGUCCCCUCAUUCACCGAUGCUCUGCCCUCCAUCCAGGCUCUCGAUGCCCCGCGAGGUCAAGGCGGUAGGCGAGGCUCUUGACCGUGAGGCGCGCCGUGGAAAGGGCGUCACUAGUGAGGCCCAGGAUAUCUUCGACGCCUUUAGUCGCACCAUGCCUGCUCACUGGCAUGGGCAGAACAUCGUUGUGGCCGAGACCGUAACUAUCGCCCCUCCUUACCGUGUUGACGACUGUCGCCCACUUGUCGAGGGCGACACCGCGGCUCUAGACCGUGUCCGCAAGGUGCUCGCGAUGGAACGCAAGAAGAUCGAGUUCCGCAAUGCUAGUGCUACCAUUGGAUCGACUAGCACUUUCGCUCGCAAUGCGGGCGACCAGCGCAAGGGUGGUUAG